AUGCUGGGCAAGGGCAAAGGUCCCUCAUUACCAAUGCCCAUCCCAACAGCAGCUUCCAGUCGCGAUUCCCCUUUACCUCUCGAGGGUACUUCGUCAUCUUCUCGGCUACCAUUCGUUUCCAUUACAGGGGAACAUGAUGCGAUAUCGGUACCACCAGAUAAUAUUAACAUUUUGGGCUCAGAAGACCACGAUGUACAACUCGCCGCAUCAUUGAGUAAUGAUGAUUGUGUAUUUAUGAAUGCCUCAUUGCCCGACAAGGGGAAAGCAAAGGACCUAGCUUACACGUUGCCUCCUCUCUUAUUCUCCACAAGGAACCUGCGAUAUCACACCAUUGACUGGCCGUCCCCUAAUCCUGACUCGCCGACUCCAACUGCGGGACCUUCCUCUUACGGUUCAACCCACACCUCGCUUCCCUGCGCGUCCUCUAGUCUGUCUCACUUAGGCUCCCAGGCCUCCGAGAAUAGUGCACAACAGCCUCCGGGACUGACGAGAGUGCCCUCUCGGAGGCGAUCAUUAUCCAACUUGAUUAAAGUUAAACUGGGCUCAUCGUCCAAGGGCCCGGGCAACUUUGCCCGCAGAUUAUUGUUCAGGAAUAAGGCUAGCGCAGCCGCGACAUCAAUAGAUCUCAGCCCUGCCGGCUCUGUGUCGGAUCCUUUCUUAGGGGACCUUGCAACAGCAGGGCAAGAUAAUUCAACAUGGAAAAACCUUGAAUUCCAGCCUUGUCCGAACAUCGAGUUCCCAUUAAACGCACGAACCCAUAUUCAACAGAGCUCCGAUGGUCCUGAAAGCCUCAAUAGCAUCACAGGCAAAGACCGCUCAUAUUCCUCUCCGCUUCCUCAGUCUGUCUUCGACAUCAUUCCUCGUGGCAAUAGUGAUGUCUUUGCCCCCGUGCCUUUGGCCCUGCAAAAUCUCUUCGAUGAGGCUUUGCCCAGAGAACUGAAGCUGCAGGUCUUCUCAGCCUUAAUUUCCCUGCACGAAGACGAAUUUGAGCUGUGGAAGUCGUCGGGACGAUGGACUGCCUCAAAGGCAUCCUCAUCAAAGUACCGCUGGAUUGGCAGAGAUCGUGGGAUGCGCGAGCUGGUGAAGUUGAGCAGGGUGUCAAAGGCGUGGCGCUCACUGGUCUUUGAUGGCCAGCUGUGGAUGGAUGUCGACCUCAAGGCAUUCCCAAACCUUCCGGCGCCCUUCCUUCUGCGUCUUGCAGAGGCGCUUGGACCAUUCGUCAAGAACAUGGAUCUUACCGGACACACAAAGCUUGAUCACAGCACUCUGGGACAAGUCACGACCAGCCUCUGUGUACGCUCCGCGCCAACCAUCGACUUCGCAUAUACACAACUCUUGGACUUGAACCUGACAGGUUGCAGUGCGCUGACUACGCAAGCAUUACACAACCUCGUCAUCCAUUCUCCGUUUUUGCGCAGCCUUUGUGUUAAAGGGUUAAAGGUCGUUGACAACACGACGUUCGAUGUUCUCGCGCUCUGCCCCCACCUGACAUCCCUGAACAUGAGUCGGUGUUCCAAUAUUAACGGAGACGGGCUCCACAGAUAUGCAAAUGCCGUGCUAGGGCACCACGGCCAGCUUGCACUGAAAGAGCUUAGGCUAUGCGGAUUGGAGGGUAUUUAUGACGAGGUCCUGGGAGUUUUAGGCAGAGCGGCACCCUCGUUGGAAAUCCUCGAUCUGAGCUAUUCUCGUUCUCUGCACAACUCAGCGCUGGAGGCUUUUGUGGCGUGUACAGAAGAAGAGAAGUCAACGGAGAGCGUGGUGCUGACUGCGCGUGAGGCAGGGCGGGAAGCGCGUGAUAAUGGGCGCUACCGGAGGCGAAUCACGAAACUCCGACAUCUGUCGCUCUCGAACUGCAAGCUGCUUACAGAUAUCGCAUGCUCCAAUCUAGCGCAUGCAGUGCCGCGUCUGGAGUUGUUGGAACUGGCGGGCAUUGGGACGGCGAUGAAGGAUGAGGGGCUUGUGAGGCUUUUGGAAACCACGCCACUUCUCCGAAAGCUGGACCUUGAGGAUGACGCGGAUAUCACCGAUACCGUUCUGAGCGCACUGACCCCCAGUCCACCAAGGGGCUCCGGAUCAGAGUCAACACAGCCCCUGCAGACAGGGCAGGCACUGGAGCACCUGGUUGUGUCGUUUGCUGUCAGCAUCAGCAACGAGGCCUUCCUUUCUCUCAUCCGCAAUUGCCCUCGCCUUAAGGUGUUGGAGGCAGAUAGCACGUCCAUAUCCGGGGAUGUCCUCAAAGAGUUCGUGCGACGAGCGCGCGAACGGAAUGCGUCCGAUGCAGCUUUGGUUGCUAUCGACUGCCGUGCUGUGGGUGAGGGCUCCGUCAAGGACGGACAGGAUGAGUGCGAUGAGAAGCGCAUUGUGUUGAAGUCGUUUUAUAAUUGGCAAACUGUGGAUGCUGUUCAAGCUGCGCGGGGACGGCAUCGGCGAAAUUCUCGGCGUGCGGGAUCAGAUAAUCUUGAGGACGUUGCCCAAACUUCGGGGCGCUUGCGGUGGUGGUCUCCCAGUAGUGGGAGGCGUUCGUCUGGUAGUGACACCCCAGAUGGGGUAGUUAGCGAGCGAGAGGGAUGUGUCAUGAUGUAG